CCUUCAAAUCGAAUCGACCUCAAACUAGACCGGAUAAAUCAAAAUGCAUCUCAACAGAAUCAUCCUCGCCUUCUUCCUCUCUACCGCCACGUGCGACGACUCCAUUGACCCCGAAUACACCAGGGGAGAUCUCGUAGGCCUUGUGCCAGGUUGUCCCGAUUCGGGAAACUAUGAACAAUGCCAUGAGGUCACUACGCGCGCGUGCGAUAAAGGCAGGGCUGAACAUAAUUGGACCGAGUGUGAAUAUUUCAAAUGUUAUGAGUCGUCGGAGAUAGCCUGUGGUUAGUGUUUCCAUUCCGUGGGUCUCGCUCGGAUAUGCGAGGUUAGAUUAACUGACUGUAUCGCCAACUCUAGCAUUUGAACAUCAUUGCGAACUCAAACGUACUUCGGCUGGUGUGUGUGAAGGUAAUACUACGGCUAAGUGGAAUGAAUUCAUCAAUAAUGCCACGAAGCUCUCGUAUAAUUAGAGCCCAGAAGGAUGCAGAGCUCUAAGCCAAGCUGGAGGAUCCUCGCCAUUGCGUGCGUUUUGGUGUCGGCUGGAUAGUGGUCGAUCAGGGUCUCAGUGUAUAAAUAUGGCAUGGAGGAUUUGGUGGUAACGUGUACGAUUGUCAUUCUUUUCUUUCGAGUGAAAGCGAUAUUACUCGCUUGCUUUGUUUUUGAGACGUUUGGAGCAAGGAGGCCUGUGGUAGGACAACAAUCUAGAAAUAAACGGGAAUACCUUCAAAGGACCUUCAAUACAACAGAAGCACCCAUCAAUCAUCUCGGCCUUAACUAUCCCAGCUCAGAGGCGCUCGUAGUGUGUUCGUCUCCAGUCAGGAUCCCGUACCUCAACAUACAGCUGUGUUUUGGUAAAACUUACCUUGCAAAUAACCCAUGACAUGGUGAUACCUGCAUCAGUUCUAACACAGCGCGCGAAAAUCGCGACACCAACAAACGAUGCAGCAUUUAUAUCUCUCCCCGCAACCAUAGGCUCUUCAAGUCUCACCCUCCCCCAUAAACCUCGACAUUCUCACGACAUCGAAUCAUAUAUUCAAACUCGAUACCAACAACAAUCAACAUGCACUUCAGCAUCCUAACCCUCCUCUCCUCUAUCGCACUCACUAUCACCGCCCCUCCCCCUCCC